CUUGUUAGACAUCCUUAGACGACGACGACGAGAGAGAACCAAACGGAGCUUGGAAGGGUUGAGACUUGAGCGAGCGAGAGAUGAGCAACUACGCGAUUCCAGUUUCUUCUUCGUCCUCUCUCUCCAAUGCCUAUCAUCAACCUUCUCGGGUUUGCUUCGUUUUCCGCAAUCCUCGUUCCAAUUUUGAGUUUAGCGGGACACGACUAAGUGGUGGGGUUCGAAGAACCUCUUUAAAGUGCAAUUGCUGCAGCAAAGGGAAGGGAGGUACAGGUUCUGGUGAAAACGAAAACAGAAAUGUGUUGGAUGCUUUCUUUUUGGGAAAGGCACUAGCUGAGGUUAUCAACGAGCGAAUUGAGUCCACUGUUGGCGAAGUUUUGGGUAACAUUGGAAGGUUUCAAGCUGAGCAACAGAAGCAAGUUCAAGAGAUUCAGGGAGAGGUACUUGAAAGAGCCAAGAAAGCUAAGGAAAGAGCAGCUAGAGAAACCAUGGAGGCACAAGGACUCGUACCGGAAUCCACAAACCCAAACCCAAAGCCGGCUGCUGGUGUUGUUGCCUCUGUUGUAACCCCUACCUCGAUCGUCGAAAGCAAGGCUUUAAGAAAUGAUGAGAAGCUGUCUGGUUUCUCCGGAUCUUCAACAGGGGACGAUAUGGAUAGCUCGAGUUCUAGCGACGAAGACAGUGUCUAAGCGAUUGUUCCUUGGCCAAUCUCAUGAUUUGGUAAUAGUAGCAGACUUGUUUGAAACGGUUGAGAACAUCUUCGUUGAUAUAUGUACUUAAAAAUGAUGUUUGAGAAUAAAUAACCUUGAUAUUAAUUAUGUGGAUUUGUAAAAGGGCAAGUAACAAAAUG